AUGUUCUCGCGACAAGUCCUCCGCACCGUCCGGGCCGCUGCUCCCCAGCGCGCUGCUGCUCUCCGCGUCGCCGUCCCCGUCCGAUCCUUCGCCGCCGCGGCUACCAGCGAGGUCAAGCCCCCCGUGUCCGUCUUCGGCGUCGAUGGCACCUAUGCCACUGCUCUGUACACUGCCGCCGUCAAGACCUCGAGCCUCGAUCCCACCGCCGCUGCCCUCUCCAACCUCGGCGCCCUCCUCGAGAAGGACACCAAGCUGGUCGCCAUCCUCUCGGCCCCUACCCUGACCGAGGCCGACAAGAAGGCCAUCAUUGAGGAGCUCGCCAAGAAGGCCGGCUCCGGCAACGAGACCGUCAAGAACUUCCUCGAGACCCUCGCCGAGAACAACCGACUGGGCCUCCUGCCCGGCGUCUGCGACAAGUUCGCCACCAUCAUCUCUGCCGCCCGCGGCGAGGUCGAGGUCACCGUCACCAGCGCCCAGCCUCUCGAUAAGCGAACCCUCAACCGAUUGGAGUCUGCCGUCUCCAAGUCGGCCUACAUCAGCCAGGGCCAGAAGCUCAAGGUCACCAACUCUGUCAACCCCGACAUUGUUGGCGGACUCGUCGUCGAGAUCGGAGACCGAACCAUCGACCUCAGCGUCUCGGCCCGCAUCGCCAAGAUGAACAAGCUCCUGACCGACUCCCUGUAA